GCUCCCAGCGUCCCGCGCCUCCCAGGCAGCCUCCUCCGGGCGCGGGCGCUUGCACACCAUGGCUCCCGGGCGGACCCGGGUCGACGCCGCGGUGCGCGCCCGCCUGGCGCUGGCCUUGGCGCUGGCGAGCGUCCUGAGCUGGCCCCCCGCCGCCGCCUGCCCCACCAAGUGUACCUGCUCCGCCGCCAGCGUGGACUGCCACGGGCUGGGCCUCCGCGCCGUUCCCCGGGGCAUCCCCCGCAACGCCGAGCGCCUUGACCUGGACAGAAAUAACAUCACCAGGAUCACCAAGAUGGACUUUGCUGGGCUCAAGAAUCUUCGAGUCUUGCAUCUGGAAGACAACCAAGUCAGCGUCAUUGAGAGAGGCGCCUUCCAGGAUCUGAAGCAGCUGGAGCGAUUGCGUCUGAACAAGAACAAGCUCCAGGUCCUUCCAGAAUUACUUUUCCAGAGCACUCCGAAGCUCACCAGACUAGAUCUGAGUGAAAACCAGAUCCAGGGCAUCCCGAGGAAGGCGUUCCGGGGCAUCACAGACGUGAAGAAUUUGCAACUGGACAACAACCAUAUCAGCUGCAUUGAAGAUGGAGCCUUCCGGGCGCUACGAGAUUUGGAGAUCCUUACCCUCAACAACAACAACAUCAGCCGUAUCAUGGUCACCAGUUUCAACCACAUGCCGAAGAUUCGGACUCUGCGACUCCACUCCAACCACCUGUACUGUGAUUGUCACUUGGCCUGGCUCUCAGAUUGGCUGCGACAGCGACGAACAAUUGGCCAGUUCACCCUCUGUAUGGCCCCUGUGCAUCUGAGGGGCUUCAAUGUGGCAGACGUGCAGAAGAAGGAGUAUGUGUGUCCAGGUCCCCACUCAGAGGCUCCAUCCUGCAAUGCCAACUCCCUCUCCUGCCCUUCUUCCUGUACUUGCAGUAAUAACAUCGUGGACUGCCGAGGGAAGGGAUUGACGGAGAUCCCCGCCAACCUGCCAGAGGGUAUCAUGGAAAUACGCCUAGAACAGAACACCAUCAAGUCCAUCCCUGCAGGAGCCUUCACCCAGUACAAGAAACUGAAGCGAAUAGACAUCAGCAAGAAUCAGAUAUCGGACAUAGCUCCAGAUGCAUUCCAGGGCCUGAAAUCACUCACGUCACUGGUGCUCUAUGGGAACAAGAUCACUGAGAUUCCCAAGGGACUGUUUGAUGGACUGGUGUCCCUACAGCUGCUCCUCCUCAAUGCCAACAAGAUCAACUGCCUGCGGGUGAACACCUUUCAGGACCUGCAGAACCUCAACCUGCUCUCCCUGUAUGACAACAAGCUGCAGACCAUCAGCAAGGGACUCUUUGCUCCUCUGCAGUCCAUCCAGACACUCCAUUUAGCUCAAAACCCAUUUGUGUGCGACUGCCACUUGAAGUGGUUGGCUGACUACCUCCAGGACAACCCCAUUGAGACAAGUGGGGCCCGCUGCAGCAGCCCGCGCCGGCUGGCCAACAAGCGCAUCAGCCAGAUCAAAAGCAAGAAGUUCCGCUGUUCAGGCUCCGAGGAUUAUCGCAACAGGUUCAGCAGUGAGUGUUUCAUGGACCUCGUGUGCCCUGAGAAGUGUCGCUGUGAGGGCACCAUUGUGGACUGCUCCAACCAGAAGCUGGCCCGCAUCCCAAGCCACCUCCCAGAAUACACCACUGACCUAAACCUCAGCAACAAUAGAAUCAAGGAGGUGCGGGAGGGUGCCUUCGAUGGAGCUGCCGGCGUGCAGGAGCUGAUGCUUACAGGGAACCAGCUGGAGAAUGUGCAUGGGCGCAUGUUCCGGGGCCUCAGUGGCCUCAAGACCCUGAUGCUGAGAAGUAAUCUGAUCAGCUGCGUGAGCAACGACACCUUUGCUGGCCUGAGCUCAGUGCGGCUGCUGUCGCUCUAUGACAACCGGAUCACCACCAUCACCCCCGGAGCCUUCACCACACUGGUCUCCCUGUCUACCAUAAACCUCCUGUCCAACCCCUUCAACUGCAACUGCCACCUGGCCUGGCUUGGCCGGUGGUUAAGGAAGCGACGCAUCGUCAGCGGGAACCCAAGGUGCCAGAAGCCCUUCUUCCUCAAGGAGAUCCCCAUCCAGGAUGUGGCCGUCCAAGACUUCACCUGUGAUGGCAACGAGGAGAGCAGCUGCCAGCUGAGCCCACGAUGCCCCGAGCAGUGCACCUGCGUGGAGACAGUGGUGCGAUGCAGCAACAAGGGGCUGCGUGCCCUCCCCAAAGGCAUGCCGAAGGACGUGACUGAGCUGUACCUGGAAGGAAACCACUUAACCGCAGUGCCCAGAGAGCUGUCCACCCUCCGACAGCUGACACUUAUUGACCUGAGCAACAACAGCAUCGUCACACUGACCAAUUACACCUUCAGCAACAUGUCCCACCUCUCCACACUGAUCCUGAGCUACAACCGGCUGAGAUGCAUCCCCGUCCAUGCCUUCAAUGGAUUACGGUCACUCCGUGUACUAACCCUCCAUGGCAAUGACAUUUCCAGUGUUCCUGAGGGCUCCUUCAAUGACCUGACAUCCCUUUCCCAUCUGGCUCUAGGAACCAACCCCCUCCACUGUGACUGCAGUCUGCGUUGGUUAUCAGAGUGGGUGAAGGCUGGGUACAAGGAACCUGGCAUUGCCAGGUGCAGUAGCCCAGAGUCCAUGGCAGACAGACUCCUGCUCACCACUCCCACCCAGCGGUUCCAGUGCAAAGGGCCAGUGGACAUCAACAUCGCAGCCAAAUGCAAUGCCUGCCUCUCCAGCCCAUGCAAAAACAAUGGCACGUGCAGUCAGGAUCUUGUGGAGCAGUACCGCUGUACCUGCCCUUACAGCUACAAGGGAAAGGACUGCACUGUGCCCAUCAACACCUGCAUCCAGAACCCCUGUCAGCACGGAGGUACCUGCCAUCUGAGCGAGAGCCACAAAGAUGGGUUCAGCUGCUCCUGCCCCCUGGGCUUUGAAGGACAGCGGUGUGAGAUCAACCCAGAUGAUUGCGAAGACAAUGACUGUGAAAACAAUGCCACCUGUGUGGACGGGGUUAACAACUACGCGUGUGUGUGUCCACCUAACUACGCAGGGGAGCUAUGUGAAGAGGUGAUUGACCACUGUGUGCCGGAGAUGAAUCUUUGUCAGCAUGAGGCCAAGUGCAUCUCCCUAGACAAAGGAUUCAGGUGUGAAUGUGUCCCUGGCUAUAGUGGAAAGCUCUGCGAGACAGACAGUGACGACUGUGUGGCUCACAAGUGCCGCCACGGAGCGCAGUGUGUGGAUGCGGUCAAUGGCUACACGUGCAUCUGCCCCCAGGGCUUCAGUGGGCUCCUCUGUGAGCACCCCCCACCCAUGGUUCUGCUGCAGACAAGCCCUUGUGACCAGUAUGAGUGCCAGAAUGGGGCACAGUGCAUCGUGGUGCAGCAGGAGCCUACCUGCCGCUGUCCCCCAGGCUUCGCUGGGCCCAGAUGUGAGAAGCUCAUCACUGUCAACUUCGUGGGCAAGGACUCCUAUGUGGAACUGGCCUCGGCCAAGGUCCGACCCCAGGCCAACAUCUCCCUGCAGGUGGCCACUGACAAGGACAAUGGCAUCCUUCUCUACAAGGGAGACAAUGACCCCCUGGCACUGGAACUGUACCAGGGCCACGUGAGGCUGGUGUAUGACAGCCUCAGCUCCCCUCCAACCACCGUGUACAGUGUGGAGACAGUGAAUGAUGGGCAGUUUCACAGUGUGGAGCUGGUGAUGCUAAACCAGACCUUGAACCUGGUAGUAGACAAAGGUGCUCCCAAGAGCCUGGGGAAGCUUCAAAAGCAGCCAGCAGUGGGCACCAACAGCCCCCUCUACCUUGGAGGCAUCCCCACCUCCACCGGCCUCUCAGCCUUACGGCAAGGUGCUGACCGGCCGCUGGGUGGCUUCCACGGCUGCAUCCACGAGGUGCGCAUCAACAACGAACUGCAGGACUUCAAGGCCCUCCCUCCACAGUCCCUGGGGGUUUCUCCAGGCUGCAAGUCCUGCACCGUGUGCCGGCAUGGCCUUUGCCGUUCGGUAGAGAAAGACAGCAUCGUGUGUGAGUGCCACCCAGGCUGGACUGGCCCACUGUGUGACCAGGAAGCUCGAGACCCCUGCCUCAGCCAUAGCUGCAGCCAUGGGAAAUGUGUAGCCACCGGAAGCUCAUAUAUGUGCAAGUGUGCUGAGGGCUAUGGAGGGGCUUUGUGUGACCAGAAGAAUGACUCUGCCAGUGCCUGCUCAGCUUUCAAGUGCCACCAUGGGCAGUGUCAGGUCUCAGAUCGAGGGGAGCCUUACUGCCUAUGCCAGCCUAGCUUCAGUGGGGAACACUGUGAGCAAGAGAAUCCAUGUCAGGGGGAGAUAGUCCGAGAGGCCAUCCGCCGCCAGAAAGGUUAUGCCUCUUGUGCCACUGCCUCCAAGGUGCCCAUCAUGGAAUGCCGUGGGGGCUGCGGAAGCCAGUGCUGCCAGCCAGUGCGGAGCAAGCGGCGGAAAUACGUUUUCCAGUGCACCGAUGGCUCCUCAUUCGUGGAAGAGGUGGAGAGACACUUAGAGUGUGGCUGUCGCACGUGUUCCUGAGCCCCUCUGCCACCUGCCACCCACCGCCUCUCAAGACUCCAGCUCACUGGGGCUGGGGACAGCCACGUGGGACCUCUGAAAUAUGGAGUGAAAGAAAGCUGGAGAGGAGGCAAAAAGAAGAGAGUAUUAAGUAUAUUGUAAAAUAAACAAAAAUAGAACUUAUUUUUAUUAUGGAAAGUGACUAUUUUCAUCUUUUAUUAUAUAAAUAUAUCACACCGUCCGAGUAUAUGUACCAUAUAGUGCGUUAUUUUUACCAAGUUCUGUUUUGUGUUGUGUAUUUGUUGUGUCUUUAUAAACAGCUGUUCAAAUUUUUAAGAGAAAAAAAGAUUAAUAAAAAUGUUUUAAACAAAAAAGGAUAAGAAUAGAGAAACGAGCCUGCCUGAGGAAAGAGGAGGUUUACGUGUAUGAAGCUCUCAAGUCAGCAAAGACCCAGAGCAGGGCAAGGGGAGGAAGAGGAAGAGAGAAGGAAAAGCGUUCUUUGUUGCUUCUUGGCCUUUUUCUUUCUCCUUUUCCCCCAUCCUCACAAGCUUCUAAGAGUCCUCGCUGUCCCGGCUCAAGGUGUCCCUUGCUCCCAGGAAGCGGUUUCUACAGGCUAGAGCAUUCCUGCCUGCCCACCAUCUGCCUCAGGCCGCCAUUCAUGGACAGACCUCUUCCAGGCUGGCUCUGGCCUCCUUAGGAGAGCUAACUCCAUAAACUCUGCUCAACAGCUGAGUCUGUUCUGCUAAAUUCGCAAACUGCUCUUUUCCUGCCUUUCCCCAGAAAGGGAAGGAAAGAGGGGCCUAUAAUAUCUCCCCAGACACUGGCCCUCCUCACAAGUCCUAGCCCACCCUCCUCCCUCCAGCCACUUGUACUUUAGAGUGCAGUACCAGAAGAGCAAGUGCAGGCAGGGUUGCUUAUGAGCAAGACCGGGAGCUACACCCUCAUGGAUGCCCAAUAGGCAGGCUGGUCACCUAGUCUUCAAAACCACCAUCUCAGCAGCAAAGACCCUUUGACCAGCUACAGUACUGUCUAAUGCCUGUCUGAACUACUUUAUCCAAUCUCUACCUCUCUGGGGAGGGAGAGUGGUACAGGGAACCCCAUUUCAUAAAUAAAAACACUCAGAGCCCUCUUAGGCUCUGUAACUUGCCUUAUGCUACCAUCUGAUAAGUGGAGGAGCCAAGCCUAGAGUGCAGACUCAAAAUGAGAUUUUCCCCAAAAUGAGUGGGCAUAAGAGACAGGAAGCAAAAAGAAUCAUUAGCAAAAGAAAGCAGCUGUGUUCCUGCAUGUUUUUCUCGUUCUUGUUCUGCUCUGUUCAGUGUUGGGGUUUUUUUGUUUUGUUUUUUUCCCCUGCUUUCUUUGACACUAGAAAAUUUCUAGAGAGAUAUCUAGGUCUCUAGAAAGUAAAAGAAGCAUUGCUAUCCAGCCUCAGACUCCUCCUGAAGGCCCUUCACCUGUCCUCCCACAUCUUUUCCCCCACCCUCAUUGGCCACCUCACAUUCCUCAUAGCACAAGAUGGCAAGCAUCUCAGCUGGCUCUGCUCAUCCAUUCUCCUUCCCCCUAAAGCUUCUACCACUGGAGUCUCAGGAAAGAGACUGUGGGAUCUUCCCCCUCUGAGAAUCUCCUGAGGAGUUCAGUUGCUCUUUGAGGACCAAUGGAGAGGUAAAGACCUAAGGAGUCAAGAAGAGAAACGUGGAAGACAGGGAGGGGAGGUGGAAGGGAUGAUAGGGAAAUGUAGAACAGCCAUACACAUACAGAUUGUGUUCCAGGGACUGUACCUUAUGACGGGUUUGUUGCAAAUGUUCAUAGUUAGAUUUAUAUAGUGCUCACUACAUUAUAAGUAAGGUAUCAUUCUAAUUGCAACCCAUAUAUUUAUAUAUUUAUAUGCAUAUAUUCAUUUAAUUCUCAAAACAACUAUAUUAAACCUAUGUUACACUUGAGUAAACUGAGAAAAGCUAAGGGUCUUGCCGAGGAAUAGAUGACUAAUAUGUUGUGGGAGCCAAGAUUUGAACCCAGGCUGUCAGAAUCCAGAAUUUGCUCAUUUAACCACUAUGCCACACUACUUCCUGUGAGAAAGAAACACACUGUACCUUUAAGGAUCCUGCAGUCUGGGACAGGAACAGUAACUAAAUGGACAAUUGCUUGAUUAUACUAACUGAUCUUAGCCAAAAGGCUGAAAAACAAUAAUUGCUUUAUUGUACAUAUAUACAAGUCCCUUAAUGACCGUACACAGGAAAAAGAGGGUUGUCCAGAAGAGGGUAUUUCCAUUCCUGGGUUUUCCAGGGUCAGGGAAGGAAUUAAACUGUACAGGAAGUGGCCUACUAAAAGUCAGCAAACUAUGAAAAGGCCUGGCAUGUUUGGGGAUUACCCAGAGGCCCAUGGUAGCAGCAAUAUGGGGCAUCCCCUGAGGAGGCAAGGGCAAGUGAGGGAUGUGAAGGUAGGGUUCUCAUCCAGAAAAGCCACAUAGCUAGGGCAAGAGAGCCAGAAGCUUGGUGUGCUCAGGGCAGUAGCAAGAUGGUCUGAUCAUGGAAUAAAAUGGAAGAGAGCAGAGACAGUAGGCUAGACAAGGAAGGAGGGCUUUAUCACCAAAAAUGGCCAUAGGGUUUCUAAUUCGCUGUGCUAGAUAUAAUACAAUAAUCUCAAGGAGAAUCCCAAAGUUUUCAUGGAAGCUCAGAAAUUCAGUCCUGGAACACAUGUCCUGGGGUGCACCCAAUGCCAUCCUAUCCACCCUCCACCCACAAAAUGAGUCUGACCCUUAUUCCAUCACCAAUACCCCCCAACUCACCUCUCCCCACCAGGCACUAAGUCCAUACAGCCUGCCACUUGAAUUUCUAGGAGGAAUCACCAGGCUGCAGACUUUCCCUCUGUGGACACAAGGGCCUCCCUCCUCCACACACACACACACACACACACCAUGCUCAUCCUCACCCGCACACAGUCUGGCAAGGCAGCAGAAGGGACAGAUUCUCAGUAUAACCAGCACCUCCUCAGUUUUGGAAGCCCCGACUAAGAAAUGCCAAAAACCAAGGCUAUAAGAAUUUCUCCCCAAAUAAAGUUUCUCUAAAAAUGGAAUUUAAAACUCUCCUUGAAUAGCCAAAUUCCAUAGACAGGAAGACUACAGUCAAUUUGUACCUUGCAAAGUAUGAGUUAAUGUUUAUGUGGAGAUUCCCAUGUGCAGAGGAGUCCAUCUGUUCUGUUACCUCCUGAGCAGGGUCAGGAAAGAGAGAGAAGACCCCUUUUGGACUCACCAAAGGGGUCUCAAAAGAGUUAAUGGAAUGCUAUCUAGAAACUAUGUAAAAUAUAAACUAAAACCCUGAAGUGUAAGAUGUCACUGAUAUUACUGUUGUAAUUACUGUUACUGACAUGCCAAAAGGCCCUUUUUUAGAAGAAAACUUUACCUUUUUUAUCUCAUUGCAAGAAGUCUGAUGCUUCAGAAAAAGAAAGGGGAGGGGGCAAGUGAAGAAAAGAAGACUCCUCAGGGCCAGCAAAAGAGGAGAAAAGCCCCAGGUAACCCUCAGAAAUCCAGGAAUGGCCAUACUGGGAUCAAGCCAACCUUGCCCUU